GGGAGAGUGCAUAGCACCUACUCAACCGCAUGGGAUCUGAGUGGUGGAAUUGUCUGAAGAGUCGGCAACAUCCAGAGAUAGGGUGCGUUGGAGGGAUUAGAGCUUUACAGAUCAAGAGCCGGAGAGGAGAUGAGAAGUGACUCGGCRGCCUGGUUAGUAUAUGUUCUCUCACGAGGAUCUGGAUCGUACCACGUGAGAAAGCUUGUGGGACCCAGAGAGACGGCGGUUGGGUACGACAUACCUCUUCCUGUGGCGUUGGAAGAUGGAGGUUCUGUAAGAUCUGCCGUUGGUACAACACCCUUUGUUGAUGUUGGUGGUGGUGGUACUGCGCCAGUUGUGCUUGCAGGAGGAAAUGGAGUUGGUCCUCGCAUUGCCCCCUCUGCUGUGCUUGCUCGUGCUCCUGCAUGUGCAUGCUUUGCUGAGAUCACACCAGCUGGUUUUGUCGAUUUUGUUGCCGCUGCAUCGCUGCAUCUUGUUGUUGUUGUUGCUGGUGCUGGUUCCAUGCCUGGUGUUGCAUCUGCUGUUGUUGCGGAUGAUGCUGCAUCUCUUGGGGCGGAGCACAAUAUUGUUGUGACACCACGUGUAAUUGUUGUUGCUGCAUUUGCUGCUGCGAGAGCGGGUGAAGCUCGGUUUGUUGUUGCGUUAAGUGUUGUGGCAGAACUUGUAGUUAUUGUUGUUGCAUUUGGAGCUCUGGCAACAGGUGGUGCUCACUUUGUUGAUGUGCCAGCUGUUGUUGUAGUAGCAUUUGUUCCAUUUGUGCCAACUGUUGGGGUUGCAGUGACAACACUUGCUGGGCCUGUGGCGGUUGCGCCAACUGCUGUGGCAUCUGCAUCUGUAUCCGCUCCAGUUGUUGUUCAGGCUGUUGUGAUGGCAUAAUGUCGUGCUGUAGGCCGUGGUGGUGUUGUUGUGGGAUCAACAACCGCUCCUGCUGUUGUUGCGCGGCCCCAAGUUGGUGGUCGUGUUGCAUCAUUAGUUGUUGUUGCCUUUGCCGAUGGUGCUCCGGCGAG